UGCAGUUUCAGUAAUCCGAUGCUGGUCCAGACAUCACCAUCCUAUCUGCGGCCAGCUGGCAGGGCGGUGUUGAGACAGAGACAGCCAUCUUUAGUCUGUAUUGUACCCCCCUCCUUUUUCCUCCCCUUCCCUAAACUCCCUUCGUCAGAUACCUUGUUCCAAAUUUGCUAAUUUCUAAUCUUUCUGUAAAAAAAAAAGGCAUCUAUAAUUAAAUUAAGGAAGUAAGAGGAAGUACAGGAGACAUGGAUGAGGAAUACGAUGUGAUCGUAUUAGGAACUGGCCUGACAGAAUGCAUCCUGUCAGGUAUCAUGUCUGUGAAUGGGAUGAAAGUCCUCCAUAUGGACAGGAACCCUUACUACGGUGGAGAGAGUUCCUCUAUCACACCUUUGGAGGAGCUGUAUAAGCGAUUUGGCAUAUCUGAAUGCCCUCCAGAGAGCAUGGGACGAGGCCGAGACUGGAAUGUGGAUCUUAUUCCAAAGUUUCUAAUGGCUAAUGGACAGCUUGUGAGGAUGCUGAUGUACACACAAGUGACCCGUUACUUGGACUUCAAAGUGGUAGAAGGAAGCUUUGUUUACAAGGCAGGGAAAAUUUACAAAGUCCCAUCUACAGAGACAGAGGCUUUAGCUUCAAAUCUCAUGGGAAUGUUUGAAAAGCGACGUUUUCGGAAGUGCCUAAUAUUCAUUGCAAACUUCGAUGAAAAUGAUCCCAAGACGUAUGAUGGUGUGGACCCUAAACAAACAACAAUGAGAGAUGUUUAUAAGAAGUUUGAUCUGGGACAGGAUGUGAUCGACUUCACUGGCCAUGCACUGGCACUAUAUAGGACAGAUGAAUAUCUUGACCAGCCCUGCCUGGAGACUAUCAAUCGCAUCAAAUUGUAUAGUGAGUCCCUGGCCCGAUAUGGGAAGAGCCCUUAUCUGUAUCCAUUGUAUGGACUUGGAGAACUACCCCAGGGCUUUGCAAGGUUAAGUGCAAUUUAUGGUGGGACGUACAUGCUGAACAAACCAGUGGAAGAAAUAGUAAUGGAAAAUGGAAAAGUGGUGGGAGUGAAAUCUGAAGGAGAGAUUGCCCGAUGUAAGCAAGUCAUCUGUGACCCAAGCUAUGUUCCUGAUCGGGUAAGGAAAGUAGGUCAGGUUAUUCGUGCUAUCUGCAUUCUGAGUCACCCACUGAAAAACACCAGUGAUGCCAACUCCUGUCAAGUCAUCAUACCCCAGAAUCAGGUCAACAGGAAGUCAGAUAUCUAUGUUUGCAUGAUCUCCUAUGCUCACAAUGUGGCAGCCCAGGGCAAGUACAUUGCCAUUGCCAGUACCACAGUGGAGACAAGUGAACCAGAGAAGGAGAUUGAACCAGCGCUGGAACUGCUGGAACCUAUUGAUCAAAAGUUUGUGGCAAUUAGUGAUCUAUUUGAAUCUAUAGAUGAUGGAACAGAAAGUCAGAUUUUCUGCUCCCGGUCCUAUGAUGCCACCACACACUUUGAGACAACUUGCAAUGACAUCAAGGACAUCCACAAAAGGAUGACAGGCACAGACUUUGACUUCGAGAAUAUGAAGCGCAAACAGAAAGAUGUCUUCGGCGAGGAGGACCAGUGAUGUCUGCUCCAUUUCAUAUUGCCACCUAACCAUAGGAAAGUUCCUUUUUAGCCUAGUGAGCUCUACAUUACCCUCACAUUAUCAUAUCUUUCAAUUCUCCCAUUCAUAAUGUUAGACUUGGUACACAAGAGGCUGUCUGCAGCCAAGAAGAGGUUAACUAAUGCAGUUGAGCAUAUCUGCUUUGACUCUAUCCCCUUUCCUUUUUUGCAGUUAAGUAUCACUAUCCUCUGCCUUUUUGGGAAGGGGGGAGGGGGUUUAUAGACAUUUCUAACUAUAUUAUUUAUCCUUAUUCAUUGUACCUACAGAUUAAGGUUGUAAAGUGUAGUAGAAGCUCAUUGUAUCAACUCUGUUAGGGCUGUGCAAAUGAUAACAUAACUUUAUGUGGACCAAAUGAGUGGGCCCUACUGAUUGCUUAUAUUCUUGAUACAAAACUGGGUGAUCAUUAACUGGGUUGCUUACUCUUUACCUCCUCUGGGAAGGAUGGAUUCCAUACAAUCAACUUUUUCAAUGGGAGCAAAUUGUGUAAUUGAGUGCUGCUGUUAGCCAUUUUGCCAUUUAAAGGGCUUGGCUUAAAAUGACUGUCAGUUCCUAAGAAAGAGUGUUUCUUUCCAGUAUAAUGACUACAUAUCAAAUGCAUUAAUUAUGAAGUUUUUGGGGAACGGUACUUCUGAAGUUAUAUGUUGUCAGUCUUGUACAAUAGAACAUUUGGUUGUGUCUUAAAAUUUGCUGGAACUGAGUAGAAUGGAAAAAGGCAUUUGAAUACAAUAUAGUAGUGCUCUGAUUGGGUUCGCGGACCCUGCAGCUAAACCUUUUUUGUAAGGCACUCCAUUGCAUGUCUUAUAUUAUAUGGCUGCUAGUAGGACCAUUGACUAACUUGUUCAUGCACAUUCCAUUUUUUUAUUAAUUUAUGUUUUCAUUUUAUUGGUGAACCUCUGCCCUGAAAAACAAAGCUGCUGUAGUCACACACUUCCAUUAUUUCACUGGGUCCCCUUUCAUCUAAGACUUAUGUUGCUGCUUCACUGGCCAGUAUGGAAUGUAAAUGACCACUUGAUGUACACUUUUUCCCUUUUGAUAUAAAUGUUUAACCUGCACCAGUAUCCCUCCCUACUUGAGAUCUGUUGUCUCCUUAGUUGUCACCUCUUGUGACUUUAUGUACCAGGUGAAUCUAUGUAUUGCUAGAAGUAUGGCUUCCUAAAAGACUGACCUGCAGUUGAAGUGAAAGGAUGAAUAAUAAACUGAAGAGGAGAUAAGAGAAUUUCCUAGUUCCAUAGAGUACAAAAUCAGUAGCAGCUGAUGAGAUAUCUUAUCAGGUUUUGCAACAGAUGUUUCUAUAACUCUCCUAAUCUGUUUUCAUUAGGAAUGUAGUCUGUAGGACAAAAAAAGAUGUGUCUAGGUUACCCUGAAAUAACACUUGUACGCUUACUUGAUAACAGACUUCUCUACAGUUGUAAAACCUCAGGGAUGUGUUACAGUCUAAAAAUGAAAUACCUAAGUUACUGUUGUAGAAAUGGUAUUGGCUUCAGAAACAUAAAGAACAUGUGCUUUGCUUGGGAGACGACAGAUGUCACAAACACACUUUAUAUUAAUUUUUGACUUGAAUAAACAAGUUACAUUACUUGCACAAUCUUCUGAAGAAGCACUCUUGGGAAUUCUGAGGUUGAUUUGUCCUUGGAAAUUUGCAGUCAUAUUUAACUGAACUACCAUGUAAACUGCAUUGCGUUUCUACAUUGCAGAAGCUGUCAAAUCCACACAUGACCAUUCAUCAAAGAUUCAAAAGAUUCAAGAUUCAAAGAAACUUUAUUGUCAUUUAGGACCACACAAGUGCAGCCUAAAUGAAAUUACAAAUGUCAGGUCACAAGAGAAAUCCAGUGCAAAUAUCGUAGAUACAGCGAAUUCAAAGAAUAACAUAAGAAAGAAAAUAACAACACGUAUAACAUGCAAGAGGUAGUUCAUAUUACAUAAACACAUUCAUUACCCAUUAUCCAGUGGUAAAUAAUAAAUACCCUUACUCAUUCAACAUAAAUAACUUACAGCUGCUAAGGGGGCUGUUGUUUCUGACCACAUACACCCUCUGUCAGGUUACAUGGGAACAUUUCCUUUGAUUAGUAUAGAUCAUAUCCUAUUGUGUUACAGAGUGUAAUUUUUCAGUGGGUAGACUAAUCCUUUUGUCAUCUGCCUCAGCAGGUUUUUGAUAAUUAUCAGUUCCCUAUUGAGAACAUAUGUCAUUUAGGAUCAAACUAAACCUUAUAAAGACAUGAAGUUGUCUCCAGUACUAUCAUGGUUGGAAGUAAACAAUGUGACACUAUUUGUUGAUAACCUGAACUCAGUGGACAACUUCUGCUUUAUAGAUUUGCAUACCUAUACUUUUCUGGUCUGCUAGAAACUGAUGUCUAUUGAAACCAAUUUUUCCACAAAGAAUAUUUAAUUGGAUUUUACUUUUACUAGCUAAACAAGGAAAUAUGGAGUUUAAUGUGUGAACUGUAGACAUGUCUAUUUGAAUUGACAAUAAGGUAAAAGAUUCCUGUUAAGAUUUUACUAUUUCCUACCCAGCUGUGGAAUAAAAGAACAAUUAAACAUAUUUUGGUCCAGGGGGCAUGACUACAUAUCUAUAGUUAGUGUGGAGUAUUUGCAGUACAUGAAAAAAUUGUAGUUACCUUGGUAACUGAGAGCACAUGCCCUGUUUUUAGGCUAAACUGUUUUCUUGCAGAAUGAAAAGCUAGUGUUAAGUCUUCAUUGUGUGUUAUGCUAUAUAAUGUUGUAGUAUUUAUUCCAUUACAAUGCUGAAACACAUCCCAAGCAACCAUAUGUACAGUGUGAUUCUGUUUGCACAUUCUGUGGAGCGGCCUUAAAAUGGUUAAUUUAUUUGCAGACAUUUUUGCCUCUCUUUCUUUUACUUGUGACUGCAUCCUCUCCAGUUGAUAAAAUAAGUAAAAAUAAUAAUAUGGCGGUCAAGUUUGUUGCAGACAUUUUGAAUGCUUAUGUAUGCCAUAGUCAAAGAUGAUACUGGGGGACAGGGAGUCUAAGAAAACGACACUGAAAACUAAAGCUAACAAUGUAUGAUCUGCAGAUUAUUUUUACCUGUGUUCCUCACUCUGUUAUAGAAUUCACAAAAUUCCAACUGUGUCAAUGUACCUGUCAGAUCGAUCUGUAGCUUAUCUGUCUCCAUUUCUUAAGGUUAUGAGUUAUCUUCCUACAUCAAUAUGUUGUUUUACAACUCAGAUGGUGAUGCUUGAGUGUAAAAUAUUAUCAAGUUAUGCUGUCCUUUUGAAACUGUUAAAUUAGGCCUCUUUUCUUCCUUCUCUGAUGCCAACCCUGUAAGUUAUCAGGUGGUAUCCUAAUGAUUACAACUUAUGUUCCAUGUCAUAGGUAAUCCCUUUCCAGUAGAACAUCUCCAUUCAGCUGUUCCUGCCUGUGGUUGGUAUUCCAUCAGUUUGGCAGUUCAGCCUAUGCAAAAGGAGUAAACCGUAUGGGAAGUAGACCUAUAAUUCCAUGGCUAAACAUCUGUUAAUAAUUUAUUUACCACUGGCUAUGGCUUUAUCUGCAAAACCUGCCUUUUAAAACUAUAUAGGGGGCAAGUGCAGGGGGUAAAGCCGACAGCUGAAACUUGUAGUUAGAAUGUCACAAGCCUUUACUUGGUAUAUGCACCGAGUACACUGUUGAGAUGUAUUACUUAUGCUGUUAAUAGUGGACUACAAACACCUAUGCACUUAUAUACUGUGUCUUUAGUACUACUGCUUUGCACUGUUUGGACAACACUGGAUAACAAAAUAAGAAGGGUUCUAUAUGCAUAUAGUUGGUACUCCUCUGCAUUCAGCUAGUCUUUUAGUGGCUGCCCAUUCAUACUGUGGUGGGAUCCCCUGGUUCAGAAAUUAUAAGUAGGACCAUUUCUUGUUACCUAACAUAUGUGUUCAAAGUAAAAAUGCAAGAUCUUUGAGGAGAUAGUCACCUCUGGAACUCAGUAACAAACUAUAUAAUGUGUUUUGGUUGUAGAGUGCUUCUUACAGCCUCCUGUCUCCAGGAAGAACUUAACGAAGAGAAAAAGAUUUCUAGCUAUUAACAUGAUCAGAAAUAAAAAUAAACCUGUACACCCUACAGCUUUAACCUUGUCAAUAGAGUCUUUGCUGGCCAUGGUACCUGCUUAUUCGCAGUUCCAUGAAACUGUGCCGUGGCUUUUUGUAUUCUUUUCUGAAAUGUAUGUAUUGUUUAUCCUGAUAAAGUUAUUUCAUGUCAUUAGCCGGUUGAUUAUAAUGUCCUUUGAAAACACUAAUUAAAACCAACUGAUAUGUGUUUUUCUUGUGAAA